AGGAGAGCCCUGGAGCUUUAUUAUGUAUAUGUUAAACCUGCACUGCCAGGAGAGAAGGAUAUCAUACAUAUACAUAUAGGGUGAACAGCUUAGACCACAGUGUCUUUUGCUUGACUGAUACCACCAGAAUUUACUGUUUAAGCUGCAAGAGUUAAAAGAGUCAAAUUGUGCACCAGACUCCUUAACAAAGCAACUGUCCUAGGAUCCCAUCUAUAUAUUUUUUUUUCUUUCAUUCUUUUUUUUUUUGUGGUUCUCCGAUUCUACUCCAAACAUGCCCAACUGGUCAGGAAAUUGGAAGAUGAAGCAGUCAGAGAAUUUUGAAGAAAUGCUGAAAGCUUUGGGUGUUAACGUCAUGUUGCGGAAGAUCGCAGUGGCUGCUGCUUCUAAACCGGCAGUGGAGAUAAAGCAAGAUGGGGAAUGCUUCUACAUCAAAACCUCCACGACAGUUCGAACCACUGAGAUUCAUUUCAAAGUUGGGGAAGAAUUUGAAGAGCAGACUGUAGAUGGCCGUCCUUGCAAGAGUCUGGCCAAAUGGGAGAGUGAGAACAAGAUGGUGUGUGAACAGAGGCUUCUGAAAGGGGAAGGACCAAAGACAGCCUGGUCUAGAGAAAUGACCAAUGACGGAGAGCUUAUCCUGACGAUGACUGCUGAUGAUGUGGUAUGCACACGGAUUUAUAUCCGAGAAUAGUUCCCAAGAACUUGGAGAUCCAAAGUUCUUAUUCGGCUCAACCCAAAUCACCUUCUGAACCUUCAAUAACCACUUUUAUCAAAGCAGAGAGUGUCCCGUUUACAGCACGCUCCGCCAAGUCAAUGUACUCCCCAACCUAACAGGCUUCUGGUUUGUACUGAGAUAUAUUAUUGGAAAGACUGAGCCCAUUCAUCUCUUGUUCAAAACCUUUAUUCUUCAUACAGUCAAUUCCCAUCUUGGAUAACAUGGAAUGGAAAAAACACCUUAAAACAUAAAAUAAUUAUUGGUACCCCUAGGUCAUUGUAUGUUCGUCCUGUAAAUAUGAAUUGUGGAUGCUCCAUUAAUUUUCUUUCGUGAUGAUUUUAUAGAAUGUUUAUUCAAGUCCUAUCCCAUUAAAAUCCCAUAUUUUACAAUUUAUAGAAUAUAUGACUUUAAUAUUUAGGAACACGUAGCUUAGAUAAUGCUUUAUUUUUGUCAUCUGGAUUGUGAAAAAUGUGCAUCUAAGUUCAGGCCACACCAGAAAACAAAAUCCAAAUGGUUAUUCUGUAACAGUGACAGCAGAAAAUACACUGAAUCCAUUGUAGAACAAUAUUUUCUAGGAAAGCACCUAUUUAUAAACAUUUUCAUCACAUGAACAUUGUUUUCUAAGAUAUAUAUAUAUAUAUAUAUAUAUAUAUAUAUAUAAACUAUAUAUAUAUAUAUAUAUAUAUAUAUAUAUAUAUAUAUAUAUAUAUAUAUAUAUAUAUAUACAUAUUCAGACCACAGCCAGCUUAAAACUUCUUUCAUUACGUUAGUCAAAAAGCAGAAUACUUAAUUGCACAAGUUAAAGAUUCAAUAAAGAGAUUUACAAAUAUACUACUUUUUCAAUAAGUUGGCAAAUUUCAUCACAACAUACUUAUCUCAAAUGUAUUGAUUGUCAUAAAAUUGUAACGAUAAAGAUAUAGGAAUAUUCUGCACAAAUCUUUUUAUUGAUGGAUGCACUUUCAUAGCUGGCUUCUGACAAUACUGGAAAUCCCCAAAAUUAGGGAAAAUACUGGUAUUGGUUUAACCACUGGCUUUACUUUGAAGCCAGAGUACUUUUAUGUUUGUUUUUUUCUCCCAUUUUAAUUUGCUUUUAUUAUGGCCUUGGAGAAUUUUCCACUGUAAAACUUUAUGCAGCAAAUAUGAACAUUUACAAAAGAAUGUGUUCCUUUCUUGUCAUCAAAAUACAGUGUAUUUUAAAAUAGAAAGUUAAGUACAAUUACUUUAUCAUUACCACUUUGUUACACAAAAUCUAAAAAUGCAAAUAGUUAUGUUUUUGUUUUUUUUGCAAUUCUAGAAGUCAUCUAGAUAAAGUGGAAUGUUUUUUUUAGGUAAUUUUAAACAUUUUUAUACCGUUUUUUUAAUGUAUGUAAAUGUAUUAGUGUUGACUAACUUACCUUUCUGGACUAGAAAUCAGUAACAUCACUCUUGUUUGUGUCUAUCUUCUGUACUGUAUUUAUUUGUCAAAAUGUUUUUUUAAUUAAAGAGAAAAUAGUAAAAUAA